AACUUGAAUUAUUAGAGGACAGGUAAAGAUGAACGGGGAGGAAAUCUACGAUAGUUUCCAGGUUUCUGGUUUGGGCAGCUGAGUCGAUGUAGUAAGCUACCAGGGAGGGAUAGGAGGAGCAGGUUUGGGGAGGGGGAGUUAAAAUUAGGAUACACUGCGUGAGGGGCUGGUUGGCUGUGUAGAACGGAUGAACGGAGCUCUCGUAUUUACUUUGGCCACGGGAGCCUGCGGCUCUGCCUUGAUGGAUUCAGCCUCCUCAGAGCUGUCAAAGGCGGGGAGGUGGGGUGGAGGCCGGCCAGGUCCGAGCGCCAGCGCAGUGCCUAGACCACCGAACCUCCGCGGCCCCCCAGCCUCCAGAGUCCAGGCCACAGCGAGCCGGGGCCCGCCCACCGCUGUCAGCGGAAGCGGCGUGAUUGGCUGGAGACGCCGGCGCCGGGGGCCGUGGGCGGGCCCGGGCUUAAGGAACUGCUCAGCGAUUGGCUGGGAGGCACCAAAAAGGCCUAAUUCAAAUUGUUGGAGCCGCCCUUCCAGGGAGCGGGCGCCUAGUUCCACCCCGCCCCGUCGCUUAGUUAGACAGGUGCGAAAACCAGAGCUGUAUUGGCCAGAUCCUUCCGGCACCGCUCCUUUCCAGAGUCAGGGUGAGAAGAGAGCUGUGACUGGCCGAUUUUCAGGGGCGGGCACUCUAUGCCUUAUCCGGGCUUCGCUUCGGGACUGGCGCCUGUCCUGGGCGUGGAUUGGGCCGCAGCGUUGUCAGCGUGAUCCGGGGGCGUGGCCAGCGCUAAUAAAGACGAGCCGGGGCUGCAGCUGCAGUAAGUUUCACCGCAGCUAGAGCUCCGAGUGGCUGUCUAGAAGCGGAGCUCGGCGGUGCGGUCGGCUUCACCGCAGUGUUCCCCGGCCGGGUGUCUCGCCGCAGCCUCGGGAGAGAAGACGGACCUCUCCUCCUUCUGUCAGAGACAUGUCUGCGCCAGCUCAGCCACCCACCGAAGGGGCAGAAGGGGCUGCCCCAGGUGGGGGUCCCCCUGGCCCUCCUCCUAACAUGACCAGUAACAGACGACUACAGCAGACGCAGGCACAAGUGGAGGAGGUGGUGGACAUCAUGCGUGUAAAUGUGGACAAGGUCCUGGAGAGGGACCAGAAGCUGUCAGAGCUGGAUGACAGAGCCGACGCUUUGCAGGCGGGCGCAUCACAAUUUGAGAGCAGCGCUGCCAAGCUAAAGAGGAAGUAUUGGUGGAAAAACUGCAAGAUGAUGAUCAUGCUGGGAGCCGUCUGUGCCAUCAUCGUGGUAGUUAUUGUAAUCUACUUUUUUGCUUGAGAAUGUGCCAUCCCUGCCCUGUUCUCCAUUGCCAUCCAAACUCAUGUCCCUGUCCUGCUGUUUCUCCCCACAACUUCCCCAUCUGCCUUCCUCCAUCCCAGCCCUGCUUCUCCAUCGCCCACUCCUCCCCUUCCGUUGCUUUCAUUUGCACUCUGUCCUACGACACUGGAAAUGCUGCUCGUGGUGCAGUCUUGAAUUAACUACCUGAAGAACAACAGCUGGCAUCUCCUUCCUACCUUCUCAUGUUCUCUCAAGUUCCCCCAAAGCCAAAAAGAGUUGGGAGGCCAAGGGAUGGGGAAGGGGUGUAGCUGAAGUGACGUGCUCAAGAAGGGGCCAAGACUGGGACGAGGAGAAGAGUGUUGUGCCCAUGGUGUUGCCAGGAAAGGCCAGGCCGCUGGCCGGAGGAGGCUGGGAGCAGCUGGGAGGAGGCCCCCUCACCUCUCCUGUGCCAGGCCUGCAGAGGAGCCUGGGCCAGGCUCAAAGUCCAGCUUGGUCCUGGUGCAGGACUCUUUUAGAAAGUCAAACCUGUUUUUCACAGUUAUUUCCCAUCUGUUAGUCCAAGAUCUUCUAUGUCUUCAGGGAUCUUAACAACCUUUUACUUUGUCCUCCAGAGACCUAGAGAACGCGUAUUAAUAGCGAAAAUAUCAGGACUCUCGUUCCCGUCCUAGAAACAGUCCCACAAGCUCAUACCUGGAAGGGGCUCUUGUCCACGUUUUCUACAGCAUUCUGUAUUGUUCGUGAGGGCAUCAAAUAAUUUCAUUUAGCCAAAGUUUGAGCCUCUCAAUUUUAGUUAUUGGCAUAGAUAAUGAGAGAAUGCCCGUUAGUUAUAGAGAAACAGCGAGUCAAGGGCCUAAUCUGAAAAUACCAGGCUUGGAGGAAGCCACUUCUCACCCUCUUGUUACAAGCGUCCUGUACCUCCCUUGCUGUUGAUGGAGGAGGAUGAGAUGUCGGAGGUGAGGAGCCCUGGACCCUCUGGGAGUCCUUCCCCCGACACCACCCCCGUGUACUUGCCAAAGACAGGGAUGAGGAGAGGGGCCCUUCCUGAGGCCCGGCCGCUCCUGAGCGUUGGGAGAGUCCGGUGCCCCCGCCAGCCUUGGGGUGGAGGUGGAGCCGUCAGCUGGCGGGCCUGCUCGUUGACUGCUGUGCCACCACGGCGCCUUCUCAUCUGGAGCGGCCCCUCUGUUCUUCCCGCAGUAUGUUCCCCUUCCAAAGCACCCCUGCCCGUCUGAAUUCCCCUUCCUUUCCUCCUCUUUGCAUGGUUUGUGGCACAGACAGUGGGACCUGAGGAUGGAGCUGCUCAGCCUGUCUCGGGGGCCGGUGCUGGGCUUCAGGAAAGGGCACUCAGUGGGACAGACCCGGGUGAGAGGGGAGGAGGGCCGGCUGGGAACAGAACGGGGACCGCCCCACGUCCCGUCGUUCCUUCCGUCCACCAGUCCACCAGCAGGAGGAGGCUGGGCCAGGCUCGCCUUCCACGCAGCAGCAUUUCGUUCCGCAAAACCAUCCUUCCUCUCCCUUCGCCCUGUUCCCACGUUCCCUUCGUCCUGCCCCAGGGCGGGACGGAAGAGCUGGACGAAGGCAGUCUGUGUACCCUCCUAACGGGCCCCCUCGAAGGCCUCCACUCUCCUCUGGGCUCCCCUUGCCUAAUGCAGGGGUCACCGCUGGAGAAGAACCGCCACUGUCCUCGAUGUGUCCCGAGCCUGGAGCAAAUCCGCCCUCUUGGCCCGCCCCAUCACAGGAAUCACUUCUGGGUUUCUGUCCCAUCUGUCCCAGGUGUAGUUGGCUUUGUUCUUCUGGGGACGUUAGCCCUUCUACUCUCUUUCUCACCCUGCCCUGUACCCCCCUCUUGCUGUGUCUUUGCCGCCUCCCUUCCCUCCCACCACCCAUGUGCAUGAGCAAAUAUGCAGCUAAGCCUGGGGCUCGGCAGUCACGCGAGGCCGGGUCUCCACGGCCCCUCUUGGGUUUGCCGUGAGACGAUGUGGCGUCCCCACUGUGUGUCUGUCAUCACCUCUCUGUCUUUUUUUCUAACCCCACUCUCCUACUUGUACAGAAGUAACAGUUGUACUUCCACCAAAGGCAUGUGGCGUAUUUACCAAUUUCCUGUAUCUGAACAAAGGCAAAACAAAAAUACAACUUCCUACCACUAA